AUGGCUACCCCAGUCAAGAUUAAGCUCAACAACAGAGUCCCCGUCACGGUUCCUGUUGGCGAGGCCAAGGAAGGCGAAACUGCUCCUCGCCGAAAUAUUGGAGCUCGUGAUGGUCCUUGGCUAUACCCGGACAACAACCCGCAAAUAAAUACUAUCUACAAUCUGCUCAUUUGGGCUGAAAAAGAAUACUCUUCGCUUCCCGCCAUGGCUUCUCGUAAGAUAGUGGAUGUGCACACUGAAAUUAAAACAGUUUCCAAGAAAGUUGAAGGUAAAAUUGUUCAACAAGAGAAGCAGUGGCAGUUUUUUGAGCUUUCUCCCUACUCUUACAUUUCUUACAAGGAGCUUCUGGACUUGGUAAAUAAUUAUGCCGCUGGAUUGCUCCAAAUUGGAAUUAAGCCUAAAGGACAGGAAAAUUGUCAUAUAUAUGCUCAAACUUCGGCUUAUUGGCUUCAAACAGCUCUUGCAUUAAAUGCGAAUGCCAUCCCCGCAGCCACUGCAUACGAUACAUUAGGUGAAGAUGGCCUGACUCAUGCUUUGACCCAAACUGGUUCUGUUGCCGUUUUUUGCGACAAUAACAUUGUAGGCAGUCUUGCAAGCCCUCUCCAACAAGCUACCAAUGUUCGUAUCAUUGUAACAGCCGAACCUAUGACAAAGGACUCUGAAAUCGCUGCUAAAGAAAAAGUUUUGGCUGUUAAUUCUGAAAUUAAGUUUUAUACCUUCCAGGAGGUUAUUGACUUGGGAAAGCAAAACUAUUCUGAACCAAUUGGCCCAGAACCUGAAGACGUUGCUCUUAUUAUGUACACAUCAGGCUCUACCGGUCCACCAAAGGGUGUUGUUCUUACUAACCGCAAUGUUAUUGGUGCUAUUGGAGGCAUUUCAGGCAACAUUGGCCACGACAUUAUUCCUCCAGGUAGUCGUCUGCUUGCCUACCUUCCCCUGGCUCAUAUUCUUGAAUUUACAUUUGAACUUGCUGUUCUCUUUUGGGGUGGUGUUUUAGGUUACGGUACCGUCAAAACUAUUUCUGAUGUGUCUGUUCGCAAGUGUGCCGGUGACAUUCGCGAGUUUAAGCCAAAUGUUAUGAUUGGUGUCCCUGCAGUUUGGGAGACUGUUCGCAAGGGCAUUUUAUCCAAAGUUGGCCAACUCUCACCAAUUGCCCAAAAGAUCUUUUGGACUGCUUACCGCACUAAGUUGCGCCUUCUCAACCACAAUAUCCCCUGUCCUCUUGUUGACAAUCUUAUCUUCAAGAAGAUUAAGGAUGCUACUGGUGGCAACCUCCGCAUUGUUCUCAAUGGUGGUGCUGCUGUUUCGCGUCUUACUCAGGAAUUUAUCACCACUCUCAUCUGCCCUAUGGUUAUUGGUUACGGUUUGACUGAAACAAAUGCCAUGUGCACUAUUAUGAGACCUUCAUCUUUCUCUUUUGAAACAAUUGGUGAACUGACACAUGCUGUCACUGUCAAGCUUGUUGAUGUUCAAGAAGCUGGCUAUCAUGCUAAAAAUAAUCAGGGUGAAGUCUAUAUCAAGAGUGCCUCUGUUGCUAACGAGUACUACAAGAACAAAGAAGAAACUGAUGCUGCUUUUACUGAUGACGGCUAUUUCCGCACUGGAGAUAUCGGUCAAUGGACCGAAACUGGUCACUUGAAGCUAAUUGACCGCAGAAAAAACCUUAUUAAGACUCUGAAUGGCGAGUACAUUGCUCUUGAGAAGCUUGAGUCACUCUACCGCUCUAACCAGUACAUUAUUAACAUUUGCGUUUAUGCUGACGAGUUCCGUGUAAAGCCUAUUGCUAUUGUUGUGACUAAUCCUGCUAAUGUGGAGAAACUCGCUUCUGAGCUUGGCGUUGAGCACCACGAAGACAUUGCUCACGAUCCUAAAGUCAAGUCUGCUAUUGAAAAGAGCAUGCUUCAAACAGGCAAGGAUGCUGGUCUUAAGGGCAUCGAACUGAUAUUGGGUACCGUCAUUUCACAUGUUGAGUGGACUCCCCAGAAUGGUUUCUUGACUAGCGCUCAGAAACUCGACCGGAAAAAGAUUCUGGCAGACAACAAGGCAGCUAUUGACGAACUUUACGAUUCUGCUUCUUAA